UGGGUCACUUAUUUAUAAAACAUAUUUAAACUUUUCCAAACAUAAUUCGAUAUCACAAAUUUUACACUAUAAAUACGUCCCCAAGCCCUCCUCAUUUCUUCACACAACUCAUCCUCCAAAACACUCCAUCAAAAAUAUAUAAAAAUGGCGACCCACAAAGCGCUCCUGAAAAACGCCCUCAUCCUUUCCCUCUUCACCUUAACCAUCCUGGCAGAAACCGCGUUUUCUCAGAACUGCGGUAAAACAGGAUGUAAAGGCAACAUGUGCUGCAGCAGGUGGGGAUAUUGUGGCACCACAAACGCCUACUGCGGCACGGGAUGCCAGAGUGGACCUUGCAAAUCAAAACCUAAACCUACUCCUACUCCCAGCGGUAGCGGCGGUCUAAACGCUGGUCCUCGUGGUACCAUAGCAAGCGUUGUCACACCAGCGUUCUUUAACAGCGUCAUGAGCAAAGUUGGAAAUGGUUGCCCAGCCAAAGGCUUCUACACUCGCCAGGCAUUCAUUGCGGCCGCUCAAUCGUUUGCGGCCUACAAAGGAACCGUCGCUAAGCGUGAGAUUGCAGCCAUGUUGGCUCAGUUCUCUCAUGAAUCUGGAAGUUUUUGCUACAAAGAAGAAAUAGCUAGAGGAAGGUACUGCUCACCGAGCAAAACGUAUCCAUGUCAACCGGGCAAGAACUACUACGGUCGUGGUCCCAUCCAAAUCACAUGGAACUACAACUACGGUGCAGCUGGAAAGUUCCUUGGACUUCCUCUCUUGAAGGAUCCAGAUAUGGUGGCUCGUAGCCCAACCGUCGCUUUCAAGUGUGCCAUGUGGUUCUGGAACUUGAAUGUGCGUCCGGUUUUGAGCAGAGGGUUCGGAGCCACCACGAGGAGGAUCAACGGUGGUGAAUGCGACGGUGGGCGUCCAGCCGCAGUGCAGAGCAGGGUUAACCAUUACUUGGAUUUCUGCAAGAAGCUUGGGGUCACUCCUGGAACCAACCUCAAGUGUUGAUGACACUACUACUCAAUGUGGUUUUUAAAUGUGUGUGUGUGUUUUUAAGAUAUCAUGUGUCGAAUAAUAAAGAAAAUAAGAGACUACAGGUCAUACACUAUGUGAUGUGUCUUGAGGUAACUAAUAUUGUGUUGUUUGUACAAGUCAUUAUCCAAUAAUGUGUUGUUUGUACAAGUCAUUAUCCAAUAAACAUAUUUCCUUUUUACACAUAAAACACUUUUCUGACUACAAUAGAACACUUAUGAUCCGAUUAUAUUUUAUACAUAAUAUGGUUCGAUUGAAAUUAUCUUGAUGUUAUAAAAUAAAAAUAUUGUAUUCCGAAAUAUUAUCCAAAAAUAUAUAGUAGGCAGAACCCCAAAAGAAUAAGAAAAUGCUGGAUUUGAACCACGAAGGUAAAUUUUUGAGGUUAACCAAUUCGAAACGAUAUGAUGUUGACCACGGUCCAGGCGGCGAGAUGGUGGUGGUGGUGUGGACGCAACAACUAUGGACCUGUGGUAGUCUAUUAAGCAUUACGUUAAUAUAUAAAAACUCAGGAAUGCCUGAAUCAAAUUCUUUGUAAGAAAUGUUUGUGUAUAUAAACUAAUGAGUGGAUAAUUUUGCUAUAAAAAUGUAAAAUUUUUGUUUGUUCGAUUUAUUCAGGAAAUCCUAGUAAUAUGUAUAUAGUAUUCAGUAAUGAUACAAAAAUGAGAAUAUUUACCAUAUGUAUCUUGUUCGAGGAAAAAAUGAAAAUUGAAUUGCCAAACCAUUCACUACAAGAAUAAUGCAUAAUAGCCGACAGCCAUAUUAGUCGGCAGUUUCUCGGUAACUAGUAUUUCCUAUUAUUUUCAGACAAUCAAAUUUUAGUCGGAGUUUGACUCUCGGAAAUCACGGUUUCUCGGAAAUUUGUUGGUACAUUCCGAUUACUAAUAUUGUCGGUACUCUUUGUCGAAAGUAUAUCGGAACAUUCCGAUGAACUUUGGGGAAUACUUUCCCGAUAAACUUCCGAGAAUUUAAUGUUUUUAAAUAAAAAAAAACAAAAUAAUGAAAUAUAAAUAAAAAUCAAAUAAUAUUGAAUUACUAUUAAAUAUUUAUUAUACUAUUACAUAUAAAUAAAUUAACCAUAAAAGUUCUAUAAAAAUUAAAACAAAAAAAUAAACUAAAUUUACUAUCGGUGUAAGUUGCGACGGUGGCGAUGAAGGUUCAGGAUGGUGUAUCUCCGACAGUCAGUGUAGGGUGUGAAGGUGGUGUGAGCGCACGGCCGGCGGCGGUGAAAAGAGUUGCAGUGGUGGCGAUGCAAGAAGGUGAAGUUGUGCCGAUGACGGUGAAAGGAGUUGCGGUGGUGACGGCAGUCCUGGAAAGAGUUGAGUGGUGGUAGUGGUGUUUCGACAGAUUUACAGAUCUUACAUCUUUCUCUUUUUUUUUUUAACAGAUCUUACAAAAAAAAUCACAGAUCUGA